AUUGCUGUACAUUAUGUACAGUCAUUGUACAUGUUGUACACAGCUUUUGAUUUGUGAAUGUUUACACACAUUUCUCAAUCAAAACGGGCAUUUCUAAACCAUCCACAUCAUCUGGAGUGUCGGAAUUGAAUUAGGGAAGGCCUUUUUGGUCUUCAUCCGAGUUCGGCUUCCACCAUGCCGCCAAAGAAGAAGAAGAGCGGGAAGAAGAAGAAGAAGAGUGGAAAGAAGUCAGCAAAGUCGGACAAACAGCCACCAGCAAGUGAAAACCUGAAUGAACUUGGCAAGGAGUUCUACUUAAUUCAGAUCCGAGAUCUUGAGAACAGAUUGGUCAGAUAUCAGCGAAAGUGUGACGAACUCGAGCUCGCAAAUGGAAAAUUCAAGAACCAGUAUGAUCAGAUGGGAAGCGACAAGAAGGAGAUUGUCUCCUUCUUGAAGAAGUCGCUUGAACAGAGAGGUGAUGAGAUUGCCGACCUGAACGAUCGACUAAUCGGCCUCCAGCAAGCAAAAGAUGCGGAGAAGGAAACCUAUGAGUCACAGCUCCAGCAACUCAGGACGGAGUUCCAGGAGACCAAAGACCAGCUCACAUCCGAAAACAUGAUUCUGGGUGGUAAACUUGCCUCGCUUGAGGAGUUCAAGGUGCAGAAGGAAGACUUGAUGGCCAAGUUCGCUCAGAUGGAGGAGCAGUUAAAGAAUCAGGAAGAAGAACAUAAAGAAAUCAUCUACAACUUGGAGAGGAAGGCAGUCGUUGAUAAAGACAGACUGAAGAAAGAGAUGGUGAUGCGUGUCAACCAAGUUGCCGCGGAAUUCCGAAAAGUUUCCAACAAGCAAAUGGCGGAAACGACCAAACGCACAAUUCGCGAGAACGUUUCGAUCAAUGCUCAGCUGACGAAGAUGUCAGAUAAGACAAUGGAGCUGAUCCAAGAUAAUGACGAGUCAAAACAGAAGGAGAAGAAACAGCGGCAGCAGAUCGAGAUGCUGGAAGUCAACGAGAAGGAUCUCGCAAAGAAGAAUCACAGUAAUCAAAAGGUGAUCCGUAUGAUGACAGAGAAGUGUAAGAAUCAGGAGGCGAUGCUGGCUGAGUAUGAGAUGCGAGAUGAUGAGUACCAGGAGUUGGAGAAGGAGUCUGAUCUCCUCCGAGCUCAGGUCGAAUCUUCAAGAGACGAGAUAGACCAGUUGGCCAAAGACAAUGAAAAUUAUGAAAGGGCAACAGACCUUCUCCAAACACAGCUGCAGGAAACGGCUAAGAACAAACUCAAACUUGAACGGGUGCUCUCAGAUUGUGCUAGUGCUUUACGGCAGGCACUCUCGGCUGCUGGACCCGAUGAAGAGGCCGAGUUUGAGAGAGUUGAGAAGAGAGACAACCUGCUGGAGAACCUCCUGGUGAUCAUGAACAGCGCUGCAGCCCUUGGGGUGGGACCGCAGCCAGGGCAGCUGGGAAAGCAGUAUGACGUGAAACCUAAGCGCAGCUCUAUACCUGGCAGUGGCAAGGGUAUUUUGAGAGGGGAGCAACCACUGUCUCCAAUCGUCAGGAAGUCGGGGGGCACUCUUCCCCACUACCAGCUGGGUGACCUGGGACUGAUUCCCCGACCUGAACAGCACAUUCCAACAAGCUAUGACAAGAUGAGAGAGUUGUCGGCCACGACGAGGAUCGGGGCAGGAGGACUCAAGAGAGUCCCGAUGAAGUCGGUGGCGAUUCAGACUGUCAGUGCUCCCAAGGCAUUAUUCUAUGCCGAUCAGCUGCUGAGCAAGGUCCCACAGAGCACGCAGGACGCGAUAAUCCACGAGUUACAUCAAGACAAGCAGAAAACGAGCAAAAAAGUGUUGCCGAAAGUCUACUAGAUGACAUCAGGAUCAAAGAUUUCAUAACUCGUUGAUAUUUUUUGAGGCAUCGUUUUCAAGUUGCCUUCAUUCUCCAUGUGGAAAUAAGCAACUCGUGUGUUUUUGUUGUGUAACAAAUUGGGUAUUAUUGGAUUUCAACAAUGGCAAACAUUGUGAGAAAUCAUCCCAUUGUCACCAAUACCUUCUAUUUCUUUAACUCUGUUGUUUUCUGUUGUUUUAGUAAAUAAAUAUGAAGAGUCAUUAUUUGUAGAGGCCAUUGUGGAAUAAAAUUUGAUUUUGAAAAUGUUCUUUACAACAAAAUUUCUGUUUUUGAAAUGACAGGUUUGUGUCAGUUGAGGGGGAGAGCCACAUGUAGAAGUCCGAGGAAGAGAAGGCGUCUCUGUGGAAGUUGUUUUCACAUCAGUUUUCCUAAAUCUCUUGUCGAUUUCAGAGAAUGUUCUCGAACAAAGUGGUGGGUACCUGAGGUGCACCCCCCUCUAAUUGACCCUCUCAAUUAACGCUUCAUUUCUAUCAGAACAGCCCAUCUUAGUUUUAAACGAAAGGUCCAUCCAAUUUCACUCGCUCAUGUACAGUAAGCUGGGCAUUUAGCUGUAGAAUCUUUCAAUCUGUGAUAUACUUAACAAUGGUUAGAGUCACGUUUUUCUCUGGUAAUUUUAGAUUUUAGAAUCGUUUUGUCACAUUCCGUCCACGACUUAUGAUUUUAAACCAAUCUUUUCGUCAAAAUAUCUUUUUCUAUGUACGUUGAGAGAUAUCAUCUGUUAGCACAGAGUUAGUAGUACCCAGUUGGUAUCGAUAUAAGAGGAGAUGUUAUUCAAUCAAGAUUUAUGUAAAUUUUGUACAUAACUAACUAUGUAUUUGUAUAGAUGCUGUUGGGUCUGAUAAAUAUUAUGGGGUCACGAAAUUGUCUUUUGGUUACAAGAUGGAAGACGUGGAGAAAUAGCAGAAUCGGCCGAAUUAAGUAUAUGGCCUUGUUGCCUGCAGGUAUCAUCUGAUCAGUCUUUCCCAAUCAACUUGCCAUGGUAUGCAAUAGUGUCAUCAUUACACUUGUCUGAAGGUGACCACAGAAUACUUAAUUGAGCACAGACAGUUAGGCCAGCAUCAGUAGAAAAACAUGUUAUACCAGUAAGGGUAUUUCGACCCUUGAAAUAUCAUUGGAAGCAGUAGAAAAUCUUAGGAGUUCUAAGACACUGACGUGAAAUUCAGUCACUUUGGUUGACAUGUUUUCCGACUGUGCUGAUUUCCGUGUGAUAGAGAUUGUUCACCUAACCUUGCCCAGAAUAAACAAGCCAUGAUAUUUGUAAA